UAAUAUAUUGGUGCUAGAGAAUUAUGAAUAUUGGCUUAGAGGUAUUGGCCAGAAGAAUUUGGUAUCAGUUAACCGGCAACAGGCUACGAGUCAAUUGUGGUAUAUUGUGGGGCACUGCCUGGGCUUUAAUAAAGAUGCGCAACAAUGAACAAGGCUGCUGGCAUCGUACAUUUCAUCCAAUAGCUAAAGAAUUUCAAAGGGAUAAAUUUGGUUUUAGUCAUGAACCCGUAGAUGAUUUUCUAAAAUCUCAAUGGCAAACUUCCCAGAAAUCCUUGCUCUGGCUAUUAUAUCGCUGGGGUCUUGCGAUAUGUUUUUGCAUUGGUGUCUUUGGUAGUUUAGUACAACAAUGGGCGCAGGGUCGUUGGUUUAUAUAUUUAACCGAUUGGGGUUUCUUUUUGUGCAUGUUUGUGAGUGUUUUUGGUGCUGUUAUAACAACAAUAUUUUAUUUUAAACCAGAUAAAUUUGUUGCAAAUUGUGGUGUUAUAAAAUUUUAUUGGCUUUCACAUUGGUCUACUUUGGUGGUCGCUACAGUGAUAACGUUUAUGUAUUGGCUUUUUAUAUAUCCCACCGAUGAUGCUAGAGCUUCAGAUUUAUAUAAUUUAUGGGCGCAUGGUUUUAAUUCUGUCUUAAUGUUAUUGGAUCAUAUGCUGGUGGCAUUCCCUACACGUAUUUUACAUUUUAUUUAUCCAUUAAUUUUAGGUCUUGCUUAUGGUGUUUUCUCAAUAAUUUACUAUUUUGCUGGAGGCGUGGAUAUCAAUGGCAAUCGUUAUAUUUAUGAAAUUUUAGAUUGGUCUCAACCCGGCUGGGCCACUUUAGUCAUAUUCGGUUGUUUAAUUUUAGUUUUAAUCUUUUGUUUUCUACUCUUUUGUCUCUAUAAAUUAAGAAAAACUAUUUAUUGUAAAUGUAAUAAUUCUAAAAUGACAAUAACUGCCUGAAACAAUAGAAAGAAUAAAACCUUUAAGUACAAAUUCUAAUGUAAAACUUUACUUUA